AUGAACAGCCUCUGCGAGGACUUCUGCGUGGGGACUUGUGCACUGGGAAAGGGCACCGACGAUGUAGUGACCGGAUGGAACACGCCAAGUAGCAUGACGCUGACGGGGCUGCCAGGCCUGAAGUUGAGUUCGCUUGUUGCUGGGAUGCUGAUCGAUAGGAUUACAAGGCUGCUGAGGUCGGCCGGAGAAGGACCCGCUGAUGUACCACUGAUGUCACCAAGUGGUACUUUGCCACCAAUAUAUCUUCCUCCUGGUUACAUGUCUCAGGUGGUGGAAGAAAAUGGCAUUCGCAAAAUUAUCAUUGUGCCUCAGACAAUUGACUAUCAUACAACCAUGCCUGCUCCUCUACAACAAGUACCACACUUCAUUGGCCUGUCCUCUCCUGUGUAUCCACAAGGGCCUCACCUGAUGUAUCCCCCAGCUCAAGGGGAAUUUCCACCGCCUUACAUCCAAGAGCCUUUGCCACAGCAGCUGCCACUGCCACUGCUGCCACUGCCACUGGCACUGCUGCCACCACCACCAAUGCUACCACCAGCAACAUUUAUAUACCAAGAGCAGCAUGAAAUGGAUGCUCAUGGAAGAGGAAAUCAUAACCAGUCUGAUGAAAGGGCUGCUAACAUGGGAGAACAUAUGGAGAAAAAAAUGAGAGAAGGCCAACUUGGCGGACACAAGACUAGCUAUAUAGUUAAGAACACCUCUUUGCUUGUCGAUAAAACCAAUGAUUUUUCAAGUAGUCCUGAUACUUCAAACACUUACACUGUGGACUAUGCUCCAAGUACCGACACUGUUGACAAUACCAGGAGCACCGACACUGUGGAGAAUGCUCCACACACCUACACUGUUGACAGUGCAUCAAAUACCUACACUGUAGACAAUGCUACAAGCACUUACACUGUGGACAAUGUUCCAUGCACCUACACUGUGGAAAAUACUUCGAGCACCAACACUGUCAAAAAUACUUUGAGCACUUAUACUGUGGACAAAGCUCCAUGUGCCUACACUGUGACCAAUGCUCAGGACAUUUACAUUGCUGACACUGUUGACAACCCUCCAAGCACUCACAUUGCUGACAAUACUCCCAGCAAUUCUUCCACUGACCAUACCCCUAGUACUUCCACCACAGACAGUGUUCUUCCUUCCACCACUGAUAGUGUUCCAGACCCUUCCAGCACUAAUUAUGUCCCCAGUACUUCCACUUCUGACAGUACCCCCAGACCAUCAGCUAUUGACAGCACUCCAAGCUCUUCCAUUUCUGACCAUGCUCCCAACAUUCCCAUCUCUGAGAGUGCUCCCAGCACUUCUGCCAUUGAUGGUGCUCUCAGUGCUUCCAGUGCUGCCAGCAAUUCCAACACUGCUAGUGCUCAUGUUGAGACUAGUCAGGGAAAGAAAUGGAGUGCUGCAGGAAGUGGAGGCAUCAAGAAGAAACCAGGUGGAAAACAAAGCAAUAGCCCAUCACCAAAUGCUGCAGAAAAAGAAUGCAUAACAGAACAUGGCAAGUCAUGCUGUUUCAGCAUUGAGAAACCUGUAGUUUCUGAUAUUCAAACAAGAUCUGCUAUUAUUUCAUGGAAACUACGUGGUUCUGAGAAAUGUGAUCACACCAAAUCUCCUGUGACAUUUGAACUGGCAAUAUCUAACAGUGGUAAAAAUGGAAAAUAUAAAAAUGGUUCCAAUGAUAAUGGUUCCAAAAUAAACAGCUUCCUUUUGGAAUGGGAUGAGGGCAAAGGUGAAGGCUUCAAAAGUUGCUAUACGGGUACCAUGAAACAAUACAAGAUCCUUAAACUGAAUGCUUCUACAAAAUAUUCAUUCAGACUAGCUGCCAAAAAUAACUUUGGCUUGAGUGAUUUCAGUGAAAUAGCAGUCUUCCAUACAUCAGGAACUAUGCCUCCAACACCUCCACCUCCUAAGCUAAAAGAAGCAGGAGUCUGUAAUUUGUCACUAGAAUGGUCUGCCCCAACUAACACAAGCCCAAAUGACAGUCUUACUUAUGUACUAGAAAUGGAAGAAGCAGGAUCCCCUUCAGAUAUAUUGACUAUUCAAACACCUACUCUUUCUCCUGCAUCUUGCCAUCCUCUACCUUUGCAUGGUGAAACCAAGACCAAAGAAACGAACAUCAAAUGUGAUUAUCAUCCUAAUGAAAACUCUGAAGCACCUGCAUAUGUCAAUAAGGCAGAAGAUAACCAAGAUGACAAACGAGGGUACCCUAGUUCCAAAGUGAGAUCCAUAUUGGAACCUCAUCCAUUGAAGUGUGAAACUGCACCAGUCCCAAGCCCUCCUUCUCAAUGUGGUAUACCUGUGCUAACCUGCAAGGGUCCAACCUGUGUUGUUGUUAGUUGGAGGAUUCCUGUGUGUAAUGGUGCUGAAAUCACUGAAUAUAGACUUGAGUGGGGACAAAGUGAAGAAUCAAUGCACUUGAUUUACACUGGCCCUUGUCUGAGCUAUAAAGUUAAAGGUCUCAUUCCUGCAACUACAUAUUUUUGCAGAGUUCAGGCUGCAAAUGUAGUUGGAGUUGGACUGUUUGAAGAAACUGGCACAGUAACCACACCAGCAACUGUACCAGCAGUAGUACCAAUGCUCCAUGAAGUCGAAAACAAAGUUCCUGCCAAAUUGGCAUCAUCUUGCAUUGCUAUUCAAUGGGAGGAACCUGAUUGUCAUGGCUCUCCAAUCACUGGAUAUAACAUUGAAUAUGGAGACAGAAAAAUUCUGACUGUUGAAAGAGUAACAGAGUAUCUUCUAAAAAAUCUACAGCCUGAUACCACAUACAAAAUCAGAAUUCAAGCUAUCAAUCAUUAUGGACUAAGCCCUUUUAGCCAAUCAAUAAGAACCAAAACCAAGCCACUACCACUUGAUUCUCCUCAUCUUGAUUGUGUGGUCUAUGGACACCAAAGCCCCAAACUGAAAUGGGGUAUCUCUUCAAGCAAAGGGUUACUUUCCAACCUUAUAAGCUACAAUUUGUUAAUAGGAGAUCAAUCUGGGAGAUUUUCUAUCAUUUACCAUGGAUCUUGUCAGACUCACAAAGUGCACAGACUGAGUGAAUAUAUGCAAUACAAAUUUAAAAUCCAAGCAUGUAAUGAAGCUGGUGAGGGACCACUGUCUUGUAUCUAUACUUUCACUACAACCAAACCUCCACCAGCCAAACUUAAAGCACCUAAAUUACAGCAUGUGAAUAGCAGUAUUUGUGAGAUCAAAUGGGAGUCUUUGGAGCCAAUAAAAGGAGAUCCCAUUGUUUACAAUCUUCAACUCAUCAGUCAAAAAGGAACUGACCUGAUAUAUAAAGGACCAGACACUUCAUUCUCCUUUUCCAACUUUGUGACAAAUGCACAUUAUCACUUCAAGGUCUGUGCUGGACGCCAAUAUCAGAAUUCUGCUGGGAUACAAGAGCUCUGGGGACCAUAUAGCCCCAGUGUUCUCUUCUCAACUCAUAAGCAACAUCCAAGGCCUGGAAAAGGUGGUGGACAAAAGGGGAGAAGCAGCACUGGUAUAGAGAAAGAUGAAAAGCCCAGGAUAGAAAUGAGUAAUGAUACAUUUGUUCUAAUCCUUGUGACAGGAUUUGCACUACUUGCUAUUCUGUGUGCUGUUAUAAUUCAACAUUAUCUAAUCAACUAA